CACACACACACACAUCUUUUUUUUUUUUUUUACUUUUAUUUAAAUGUAUGUGAGUAAACAAUGACUUCACUGUGGACACAGUGAAAGAAAAGAAAACAGAUCUUCUGGAUCAAAGGGGGAUCAAAAGGAAGGCGAGAUUCAACUGUAGCUAUUUAAACAGUGUCUGACAGCAGCUGUUUUUGUCUGUUCUGUGUUCUAAGGGGCAGAAACACGUCACUCGAAAUCAUCAUUUGAGCAAGAGAAAUGCCUUUGUUAACGGGUGACUUGCUCUCAGCUGGACAUCGCACUGGGGGCCUGACAGACCGGUUCUCGCGCUCCAUCCGUGAUGACCGUAUUUCUUAAGGGCAGCGCGAGCACGCGUGCAUCGAUGCGCACGCUCACUCCCGUUUGAGUCAUUCGGUAAAAGCAGGACGUGUCGAGCUCUGUCCGUUCCUUUCCGCCAGAAAAAAAAAAAAAGGAGCGGUGGGGAAAGGAGGUAAAAGCAUAAUAGUAAAUAGCAUUGUGAGAACAAUCAGGGAAUCCAUCUUUUAAAAGCAAUUAGCGAAGAGCGCGCUGACAGACGCUACACACGCGAAUGCGAAAGCAGAGCGCAGAGAGCGUUAACAGAGGAAGCGAACGAGGCUUUGAAACGUGCGCGAGAUACCUGCAUCCCGAUACAGUAGCUGGAUCGGUGAUAUGAGCGUGGACCAGGGCAGAUUUGAAGGAAUGCUCCGCAACAGAAACGGCGCGAUGAGCGUCAUGACCAGCUCCACCGGUCAGUCACCGUGCGUCGUGCAGCCUCCCGGUGGCCGGAGCCGCGGAGACGCGCGCCACCCGCAGCACGCGCCUCAUCAGAGCGGUUCGGUAGUGAAACCGCAAAACGAGCCCGCGGAACUGGUUAAACGUGCGCUGGACUUCAAGACGCAGGGCACGCAGUGCUACAAGGAUAAAAAAUACCGAGAGGCCAUCGGGAAGUACCACCGCGCGCUGCUGGAAAUGAAGGGUCUCUGUCGCGUGCUAGGGGACCCUGACACCAGCAAGUCCCCGUCCACCGUCCUGACGAGCAUCAGCAAGUCCAGCCUGACGGACGAGCAGAAAGGCGCGGUGGAGAACGCGGAGCUGGAGUGUUACAACAGCCUGGCAGCAUGUCUGUUGCAGAUGGAGCUGGUAAAUUAUGAACGAGUGAAAGAAUACUGUCUGAAGGUUUUGAGAAAGGAGGGCGAGAAUUUUAAAGCUCUGUACCGCUCUGGUGUGGCGUAUUAUCACCUGGGAGACUUCAACAAAGCCUUGCACUACCUGAAAGAGUCGCACAAACAACAGCCCACAGACACUAAUGUCAUCCGCUACAUUCAGCUCACGGAAAUGAAGAUUCGCAGGAAUGCCCAAAGAGAGAAAUCUGAAGUUCCGUAAACAGCUCCUGCUUUAACAGCUUUCCACUGCGCGGACACCUCACACUCCCCUCAUCGCACAUUUUGUGGACGAGGUUUGGCAUUUCAUGGAAGACUUGAUUCCAGUGAGGGCCAACACACCUGUCUCAGCUGACUUCCUGUCAAAAAUGGUCUUUGAAUCAGACUGAAGAGCUGAAUCAGGUGUGCUGUGCCCUGCAGUAGACCGUGGAGACCAGGUAUAGAGACCACAAAUGCCAUUUAUUAUACUUUUUGAAGUAUUAAUUAUUAGUGGUAUAAAAAGGUUUGGUUUUUAUUGUUGGCGGGAUGGGGGGAUAAAACUGGUUUGGGUCUCACAGGGUGAUUGUGGUCUUACAUUGUGCUCCACAAAACAUGCUUUGUGGAUCUUUUUGUGGCUGAUGUAACAUAUUUUCCAUUUUAAUGCAGCUUUUUUAAUUUUCAUAUUGCUUUUGGAUCAUGACGAUUCUGUUUUUAUGAUUGAGAAAACUGCCAACUGAACAGAUGUCACUUCAGUUUUUCUGUGAACACAUGAAGCUCCUUCAUUGAAGUGCAAUUAAGUGUCACUACCAGUAAACAUGAUGGCAACAUUGGGCACAUCGUACACAACCUACUCUUCUCAACACCCAUAUUCAAAUCGCAGUAUAGGAAAGCUCUGACAUGCACUGAGUGGGUUUAGGUGUACAGACAAACAUUUACACACAUACAUACAGUGGACUUAAAGGAAUAUUCCAAGUUGAAUACACGCAAGUUCAGUCGACAGCAUUUGUGGCAUAAUGUUAAUUACCACAAAAAAUAAUAUCAACUCAUCCCUCCUUUUCUUAAAAAAAAAGAAGCAUAAAUCGGGGUUAGACUGAGGCACUUACAAUGGAAGUCAAUGGGGUCAAUUUUUGGAGGGUUUAAAGGCAGAAAUGUGAAGCUUAAAAUGUUAUAAAAGCACUUACAUUAAUUCUUCUGUUAAAACUCAUGUAUUAUGUGUGCUGUAAAGUUGUUUAAAUUGUAAUUUUUUACAGUUAUUUUAUGGUUUAAGGUGUUAUGUUGUCCCAGCAACCAAGUUGUAAAAUUGCAUAUAAAUUCAGAAAAGGUUAGUAAGUGAUUUUUUCACAAUAAAAUCAUGUUAUCCCAAAUAUUGUUUGUGUCUUGUGGCUAUACCUUUAAAACAGUGAGUAUUGUAACGUUUGCUGAUGGCCCCAUUCACUUUGCUAAGUAAGAGACUCACUGUAACCCAGAUUUUUGCUUUUUUUUAAAGAAUAGAAAGAAAAUUAAUUUGUGUGGUAAUCCACAUUGUGCUACUAAUGCCAUCGAUUGAGUUUAACUUGUAUUGAACCCGGAAUAUUCCUUUAAAGAGUGCAAGCAUGUGAAUCAAGCACAGUCUCUCACCCACACAAAAGCAUGUAGGAGUAAAAUAAACUGUGAUCCUUGUUAUGUUUAGGAGUGCGUGUUUUUUGUUUGUUCUGUGAUAUAUCAGUGAUUCUUUUUCAGUGUUGUGUGUAAUCUGAUUAAAAAGUAAUUAGUUACUGUAUUCGUAUUACUUUUUAGGAAAAAAAAGGCGUUUAACACUACAUUUUGAAUUCUUAUUAAAGUAAAUUACUAAAUAAUAUUUAUGUAAAACAUCUUUAAAACAUAAAUUAUGUUAACAUGUACGUCUGUUUGCGUUUCUUUAUCAGAAAAGUGUUUGACUUGCGUGCGACAAUGAACAACGAGGAAAUAUGGACGUUGAGCAGAACAACAAAAUAUUUUCUGUAAAUUACUUUAGAAAGUAACUUAAAAGUAAAGUAAUUAGUAAUUUGAUUACUUUUUCAAUUAAGUAAUUGAUAAAGUAAUCUUAUUACAAAUUUAGGAAAGUAAUUAGUAAUUUGAGUAACUUCUUUUUGAUAGUGAGGAGUGAAGAUGUUAUUACAAGUACUCAGUUGGUGACUGAUAGAUUUUACUUGAUGGUCUCUAAAAAUAAAUGACCUUUUAAAUAAUAGGUUUUGACUGAGAAGGUACUUUAUCUGUUUUGUCUUUAAUAUUUCAUUUAAUAUUUCUCUACUCAACUGCUUAUUAUGGGUUUUACUUGAAGCUAAACAGCAGGUACAAAUAGUCCAAUUCAGUGCUAGUUGCUAUGGUGAGGUUCCAUGGAAAUCAUCCUUGGAGACAGAUGGGUCGAUGUCCUAGACAUGCUAGCAUUGAAACAGCUAGACACACAUCUCUGUAAUGGAGAAGAAUGAAAGCUUAAACUGUUGAAUACAUCUAAAUGUCAUUUAAAAUGCUGCUCUUGAUGAGUAAGCAUUUACUUAUUGUGUAAAAUUUGCAGUUAUGUUAUUUGA